AUGAUUUACAUUAGCCGGCAUAGUUUUUUAAUUAUUUUUCCAUUAUUAAUUUUAAGUAAUUUAAACAAUUAUUUCGUUUCUUGCGGUGGUCCCACAUUAGUUCUCCUUGAUAAUUUAAACAUUAGAGAAACCCAUUCAAUUUUUUUCAAGUCUCUUCAAGAGAGAGGCUUCACAUUAACAUAUAAAUCAGCAGAUGAUGCAAAUUUAGUUCUUUUCAAGUAUGGGGAAAGUCUUUAUAAGCAUUUAAUUAUAUUUGCUCCAUCUGUGGAAGAAUUUGGUGGAUCACUUUCUGUCGAAUCGGUUUCUGAAUUUAUCGAUAGGGGUGGAAAUGUUCUUAUCGCAGGAAGCUCAAACAGUGGUGAUGCUAUUAGAGAGCUAGCAUCUGAAGUUGGAGUCGAACUUGAUGAAGAUAAAGCUAGCGUGAUUGAUCACAUUAAUUAUGAUGUAUCUGAUCAAGGAAAACAUACCUUAAUAGUUGCUGAUAAGAAAAAUUUAAUUAAAGCUCCCAUUAUUGUCGGAAAUGAUAAUAAAUAUCCUUUGUUGUAUCAAGGAACUGGAAUUGUCGUUGACAAAGAUAAUCCUUUAGUUUUGCAAAUUUUAACCGCUUCCGACACAGCAUAUUCAUAUUCAACUGAAAAUCCAAUUAAAGAAUAUCCUCAUGCGGUUGGUAAAAACACCGUACUUAUAGCCGCUCUUCAAGCGAGAAACAAUGCCAGAGUCAUUGUGUCCGGAUCCCUUUACUUCUUUUCCGACGAAGCGUUCGGUGCGACCGUUGAAAAAAUACACACGGGUAAAAAAUCACCGUCGGGUAAUAAAAACGUUGCCGUCGCACUCAGUCAAUGGGUUUUCAAAGAGCACGGCGUUUUAAGAGUCAAAUCCGUAUCGCACAGUUUGAAAAACGGCAAGAAAACUCCCAACUACACGGUCAUGGACAAAAUAAUAUACAAGAUUGAAAUAGAAACGCUCGAAGGGGAAACGUGGAUUCCGUUCGAAACGAACGACAUACAAUUGGAAUUCGUUCGAAUCGAUCCGUUCGUACGUCAAUUUUUAAUACACAAAUCGAAUGGAAAAUACGAAGCCGAAUUCACCGUUCCCGACGUGUACGGAGUCUAUCAAUUCAAAGUCGAUUAUAAUAGAAUCGGAUACACGAGAUUGUACAGCACGACGCAAGUGAGCGUGAGACCGUUGGAACACAUACAAUACGAAAGAUUCAUUCCGGGAGCUUAUCCUUAUUACAUAAGCGCAUUUAGCAUGAUGUUCGGCGUUUUCAUUUUCAGUUUUGUAUUUUUAUAUUAUAAAGAAGAACCCGCGUCAACAAACAAUAUGAAAAAAAAGGGAGAUUAA